AUGUUUGAUAAAACAACAGAGCUGACCAAUCCGGAGGCUCCCAAUGAUGAACCUAAACGAUUCGCUUAUGAUUUUUCAUAUUGGUCACAUGACGGCUUCCAAGAAAGGCCAUUGGAUCAGUAUUUAGAAGGAAUUGACGAAAAAUAUGUAGAUCAGCAAAGAGUAUUCAAUGAUUUGGGUUUAAAGAUGUUGGAGAACGCUUGGAAAGGAUAUAACUGUUCCUUAUUUGCAUAUGGACAAACAGGAAGUGGAAAAUCCUACUCUGUAAUGGGAUACCAAGCAAAUAAAGGCAUCGUUCCUAUGAUUUGUGAAGAAUUAUUCCGCGGGAUUACAGAAAAACAACAAACUGCCGACACAGGAAGUGAAGAUGAUUUUCAGGUGACGGUGAGCAUGAUUGAGAUAUACAACGAACAGGUCAAGGAUUUAUUGAACACGAAGACAACCCAUAAAGGUGGACUAAAAGUCAGAGAACAUCAAAGCAAAGGAUUCUAUGUUGAUUCUCUAAAAGUGUUUCCUGUGAAUAGCUUUGCUGACAUUGAAGGUAGGAUGAAUGAAGGGACUAGAAAUAGAACCAUUGCCGCGACUAAUAUGAAUGCUACAAGCAGUCGAGCACACACAAUCGUCACCAUCACACUGGUUAUGAAAAGAACUGAGGGAGGAAAGUCAUUGGCAAAAACUUCUGUUUUAAAUUUAGUAGAUCUUGCUGGCAGUGAGCGUGCUGACCAGACUGGUGCUACUGGUGACCGACUGAAGGAAGGUAGCAUGAUAAAUCAGUCAUUGACUACACUCGGCAACGUUAUCAAGGCUCUUGCUGAUACUGGAUCAGGAAAGAAAUCUGGCCAUGUGCCGUAUCGAGACUCAGUCUUGACCAAAUUAUUGAAGAAUGCACUUGGUGGCAACAGUAAAACAAUAAUGAUUGCAGCCAUCAGUCCAGCUGAUAUAAAUUAUGAAGAAACGCUUUCAACUCUGAGAUACGCUGACAGAGCUAAAUCUAUUAAAACAAAGGCUAUUGUUAAUGAGAGUCCUGCUGAUAAACUAAUCCGUGAGCUGAAAGAGGAAAAUCUAAGAUUACUUCAAGAGUUGAAAUCUGGUGGUACCCUUACGUCACAAAAUGUUGGAUCGUCUGAUGAAGGUCUUGAGGAAAUGAAAAAAGCUUUACAAGAACAGAUAGAAAGAAACAAAUCAGAAAUGCUGGAUAUGGAGAAGUCAUGGCAACAAAGGUUGGCUGAAACGGAAGCAGCAAACAUGGAAAAACUACUUGCUGAGCAAAAUAAACAACAACAGAUGAAAGUGGUUCCGCAUUUUUGGAAUUUGAAUGAAGAUGCUGCGCUGACAGGCAUGGUGGUACACAUUGUCAAAGAAGGAGUUUCUAAAAUUGGUAGUGGCAAAGCUAGUCCCCCUCCUGAUAUUUUACUUAAGGGUCUUAGCAUUCAGAAAGAACAUGCAACUGUUUCUUCCAAAAAAAUGGUUGUCAAGUUGAAACCAUGUAAGAAUGCCAAAGUGUUAAUUAAUGGUAAAGAAUUUACGACAGAAAUGGAGCUUCAUCACAAUGACAGGUUGGUUUAU